AUGCGGCUACUUAAAGCUGAUUCUACCCUCAGAAAUGAGAAGGAGUUGAGAGAGGACAACAUCAUAUUAAUUGAAACAAAGGCCAUGCUAGAAGAACAGCUAACAGUGGCAAGAGCUCGUGGUGACAAACUGCAUGAAUUAGAGAAGGAAAAUUUGCAGUUGAAAUCCAAACUUCAUGAUGUAGAGCUGGACCGGGACACAGACAAGAAGACAAUUAAAGAGCUUCUGGAGGAGAACAUGGUGUUGGAGAUUGCACAGAAACAGAGCAUGAAUGAGUCUGCACACCUCGGCUGGGAACUAGAACAGCUGUCUAAAAGUACAGAUCUUGCAGAUACCAGAAAGUCCUUUGUGUUUGAGUUGAAUGAAUGUGCUUCGAGUCGCAUACUAAAGCUAGAGAAGGAUAAUCAGAGCUUGCAGAACACAAUCCAAGAACUGCGAGAUGCCUCCUUGACCUCCAGAGAGAGCAGCCUGAAGUUUGAUGAACUGGAAAAGGAAAAUCAACAGCUUAGCAAAAAG